AUGUUCAUUGCAUUAUUAGCACUUGCUACUUUUGCUGCUGCUGAAAAUAUUUAUUUAUGUAAGUACAGUGAUGGAAAACUUAGUUCUGUUCAAGUUUAUGAAAAUCGUAAAUGUUUUUAUGCUGAUGGAGAUUCAGAAAAAUAUGAGUAUGUUCCAGCUACAGCUGAUAAAGAAGCAUAUCUUAAAUACUAUAAAUAUGAUAAUAAUAUUGAAUGUUCUGCUGAAGGUGUACAACCAAAAGAUAUUAUAAUUACUAAGAAAUCAGAACUUACUGUUGAUGAAGAAACAACAAAAGUCUAUUAUUUGUAUAACGAAGAACCAAAUAAAAUGAAUGAAGAAUGUAAACUUGUUGAUGUUUUAAGUUAUUCUGAUAAUAAAUGUACUAAGAAAAUUACCAAUGAAGUUAUGUAUUCAUGUGAUGAUGAAGCUCGUAAUGAUUGUCAUUCAUCAGGACUAUUUUAUUUAAAACCACAAUACAAAGUUGGAUAUUAUGCAGGACUUUAUUAUCUUGAUGAUAAAUGUACUAAAGAAACUGGACUUGGUGCUGGAAUGUUCAAAUGUGGAAUGUGUGUUCCAGUAGUAGAAGGACAAGAAACUAUAUACGCUAAAUACGAAUGUGAAGAUGAAUGUGAGAAGAAACCUAAUGAUGAUGGAUCAAUUGCUACUAUUGUUGCAUUCAUUGCUAUUGCUCUUUUCUUAGUUUUUUAA